AGGUAUCUUUGUCCACCAAUAGACGAGGAGGUAGCUUUUCCGGUUUCAGCCUGAUUGGAGUCGGUAGCUGUCGUUCCAUAGCAGUGGGGCGGGUUAUCUUGCGGUGAAAGUUUGGAGAGUUGCAGCCCGGUGCCGAGUUCUGUGGAGUCCUUUACAGAAAACAAAAGCAGGAAAGACGAGGAUCGGCUGCUGUGCAAAGGGCUGUUGGGAAGUGGGUUCGGUGGACGGAUCCACACCGGUCUCGCGUACAGUCUCUGCCUCUUUCUUGUGGCCUGUAGGGAGGAGGGCCCUGACGUGGCAGCUGGGGUCCCCUCCCGACCCAGCAAGAACCCCUCGGUUUUCCUCCAGCUCAUCUGUGCCGUCUUAGCAUUCAUAGGUAUGUCCCAGAAAAACCAAGCACAGAGUCUUCGGGAAGAACUGACCUGUGCCAUCUGCUAUGAUCUUUUCCGGAACCCGGUCAUGUUGGAAUGCAUGCACCAUUUUUGCAAGGAGUGCAUCCAGGGCUAUUGGGACAGAUGCUCACGAGUUGCCACCUGUCCCCAGUGUCGGCAAGAGAUUCCCACGCGGUCCUUCCGCCCCCACUACCUUGUUGCUGGAGUUGUGGAAACGGUUCGGAAGGCCUCCUCUGAGGAGCACAGAAGAAGAAUGCAGAAAAACUUCAGAGAGGCAUUCCAGUCUUAUCAUAAGGAGCAGGAAAAACUGAUAAGAAUGAAGCACGUGGCAGAGGAGAACCUCCACAGCUUGCUGAAAAUGUCUGGUGAGCUGAACGUGAAGAUCCGGGCAGAAUUUGAGCACCUUCGUCGUGUCCUGGAGGAAGAAGAAAGAACUGUGCUGAUGGAAUUGGCCAGAGAAGAGGAACAGUGGGUGAUAAGACUGCAAGGAGAGUCUGCCCGCCUAGAACAGGGGAUCCACGAGCUGAAGAAGAACAUGGAGCACAUUCAGCAAAACCUUGACAAACUGGGGAACUCGCUGCUGCUGGAGGUGGAAAAUGUGGCUGUCAGGCCAGCCAUGGAGGCUGAAGCACUGCCUGCCUUUAGCCUUGAGCAGCACAUGGACAAGUACGAUGGACCCUUGCAGUACAUACUUUGGAGGAGAAUGCUGAAAUCAGUUGAUCCAGCUCCUGCACCUCUGACCUUCGAUCCGGAAUCAGCCCAUCCUAACCUGAUCCUCUCCAAAGAUCUGACUUCGGUGACAGAGAGAGAGAAGCCUUACUGUGUGUCCAGCAGCUCCAGCCGUUUCCUCAAGUGUGUGAAUGUGCUGGCCAGACAGUCCUUUGAGAGCGGGAGGCAUUACUGGGAGGUCUGGGUGGGCAACAAGGCCAAGUGGGACCUAGGAGUGGCAGCCGGUUCCAUAGAUCGGCGAGCGAAAGUCAGGCUGUGUCCUGAGAAUGGCUACUGGGCUCUGAGAUUGCGGGACAACUCUGAAUACUGGGCUGCAGCUACCCCCCAGGUGCGCCUUAAGCCCCAGCGUGUGGUGAAAAGGGUGGGUGUCCUUUUGGACUGCAGGGAGAGCAAGGUGGCCUUCUACGAUGCCGAGGACAUGUCCCAUCUCUUCACUUUCCGUCAGGCUGCGGCCUGCAAGUUCUACCCUUUCUUCAGCACUUGCUUUAGUGAUGGCAAUAAAAAUGCAGAGCCCAUGAGAAUCUGCCAUCUGAGCCUCUAAGGUUGCCUGGUAGCCUUUCUGCCCGCAGACCACAUCCGAUUCUAUUCACCAGGACCUUGGCGUCUGCGAUGGGAAUCCUUUUUUUUGUCUUGUAUCUUUGUCUAGAAUAAGAAAUGCUUGCUGGGGAAACACCAUUAUUUACUUUCUUGCUCUUCUGCUGGUGGUGUUUUGCACCCAUAAUGUAGAAUCCAUCCUCUGAAUCUGAGUUGUGAUUAACCAGUUCUGAGAUCCUUCUGGUUUAAAAAAAAAAAAAAUUCAUUUUA